AUGGCUCCUUCAAGGGCGCCCAGUGCAUUAGUGUUGCACUCCCUGAGAUCACUCAACAUAGAGGCAUGUUCGUCACGAGUUGCCUUGCGAGCGUUCUCAACCACCAGCGCGACUUGUCAGGAAGUCCAAGUUCAGAAACCCUCCUAUUACCACAAUCCCGAUCCAGCUACCGUGCACGUUCCUCGCCUUGAGCGAAAGCUCAUAAGAGAUGGCAAAUUCCCCAUCGGCUCACGCCGACGACGCGCUGCUCUCGCCCACUCACCAGGCAUCCCCUUCGAUGAACUGCCAUACCAAUGCUUCCAAGAAGCCCGAAAGAUCCUGAUCGCCGACAGAGCGGAGAAGCUCAAGAAGAUCGAGACGGAAAGGGCUCGCAUUGCUCGGUUGCAGGAGGUCGAUCCGAGCACCUUUCCGGGUGGAGACGCGUAUAAGCAAAGGAGAUUGAGGAGCAUGACCCAGGAGCUGGAGAAGCUCAAGAUUUUGGCCGAUAUCAACGAUCCCAACGUCAAGAGGAGGUUUGAAGACGGGCUAGGUGACUUGAACAAACCCAUCUACCGAUAUUUAGCGGACCGGAAAUGGCGCGAAUACCCUCGGAAGGUGCUUGUCCAGCGGAUUACACAAAUGAAGGUUGUGCCCGAUGUGAUACCGAACGUGGAUCCUAUCCUCGACGUGAAGAUUGUGUUUGGCAACACGGUAGUCCAACCUGGAGAAUUCGUCGAGUCCCACCUCAGCGAAUAUCCUUGUCGCCUGAGUCUACAAUCCUACGAGCGAGGCGAGAAAAUGGUCACCAUUGCUGUUGUCGAUGCAGAUGUACCUAACGUGGAGACAGACGGCUUCGACUUCAGAUGCCACUUUCUAGCAUCCAACAUUGUCAUCUCCCCAACCGAACCGAUAGUCGACCUCGCGAGGCUUUCGCCGAACUCUCAGGUUCUUCUCCCCUGGAUGCCACCUUACGCACAGAAGGGUAGCCCAUACCAUCGGCUGUCGAUUGUCAUUUUACAACAAAAAGACAACAUCCCUAUUGACCUUGAGAUUGCCAAGAAGAAGAUCCAGCGGGAUGGCUUCACGGUCCGAAGUAUGAUGAGCCGCCAUAUGCUCAGCCCCAUAAGCGCUUCACUAUUCCGGACGCAGUGGGAUGACAGUACCGCCGCGGUCAUGGAGAGAGCAGGCAUUGAAGGAGCCGAGGUUGAGCUCAAGAGGAAGAAGGUUGAGCCUCUGCCAUACCAGCGACGUGACACCUCGAGGAUGAGAGGUUGA